AUGCCUACCACAAUGAAGUUUACACGUAUCAAUUACGUGGCGGUGGAAGAAGACAUAAAACCUGGUCCACCGAAAAGAUUCAACUCUCGUUUCUGUGACGAAAAGCUGCUCCCGCCACUGGAGAAGCCAAACGAAAGACCCUACGGCAUGCAGAGAUGGUUGCCUACAAUCCUUGAGAGCCGUGACAUGGACCCCUCUUCGGUCCAAUACGUCCGACUGUCCCGCCGGCAAGGGCACAUUCUCCUGGAAGCAUCUGGAAUCGCUAUGCUCACCGGGCAGUUCAACAGGGCCACCGUUGAGAAAAUUCGGGAAGAGAUCUAUCCCGCCUUCAGUGAACUCUCCAUUCCCGCUCAAGGACUCUUUGUCAGGCUCGAAUUUUCGUCGCCAAAGGACGCAACACCCCAAGCCAUGGUGCUUUCGCCCAUGGAUGUCUGCUUACGCCUAGCCUCCUCUCAGACGGCAAUGAGCGAGAUAAGAAAGACUCUCUUGUCCGGUUCUCUCAAUGUGAAACUUACCUUCCUUCCUUUCAAUCCUCGCAUCCGCGGCGAUCGCCAAUACCGCGUCUACUGCCAGCCUGACACCGGAAGAGUUACUGCAAUCAGUCAGUAUGAGUGGCAUAAAAAGUGGCGGUUUGGGGAUCUUUCUCAUGAGGAACAAAACGCGUGCGUGGAGGAGAUCUGGAAAGGCAUUUGGAAGAUUCACCAGACCAUCACCGGCCGUUUGGACAUCAAGACAGAGAUGGAUGCGCUAAUGUUGAAGCAAGGGUUCACGUUCGAUGUCUACUACGAUGAAGAAUCCCGAAAAGUCUCGCUCAUCGACCUUGGUGUCUUUGGGGCCAAUGGUGCCCGUGGAUCCUGCUUGUUCGAGUGGGUUCAUGAUUUUGGUCUUCUCUACGGAAUGCGACACUCGGUUGAGUUUCGGGCCACCUAUUGA